UGAACAUGAGGCUGCAGGAAAAAAUGCUGACAGCCAUAGAUGAAGGCACAGGCUACAGUAGAGCUUCGUGCUCCACUAAGAGCGGACCAGACCACUCGACGAGGGAAGUGGAUAUUGACAGCAUGGACGUGAUUCCUAGGGAGAAAACACCGCCACAGGAUGAUUACGCAAGAAAAGAGAAUGCCAUGGUGGACAUUGGCGGUGGCCUUCAAAUAAAUUCUAGCGCAUGGCACCACAUUCAGGGCCAUCAAAAGGAUUCCCUUUUCGUUAAGGACCUCCUCCUGGGAAUUUGGCCCAAGGACCAGCUGAAAAACCGCUCUUUGCAAGGGAAGCGGUGUCCACGAUUUCCCGAUCGGCCUGCAAAGGCUCCACUGACACCUUGGAAAGUGGAAGUGAUGCGUGACUGUUACAGACGGAGACUGCAGCGCCAGGGGAUUCCCGAAACCCUUAUGCCUGCUGCACUCAAGCAGCUGAACCAUUUCGUGGUUGAGAAGCUGGCAGACCUUGAGAGGCUGGCAAAACGGUGAGGUGCUGUUAUAAAUGUGUUUUGACUAAUUUCAGGGAGGUUCUUUGUAUGUAGUUUUUAAAUGACAUGCAGCCUGGUAAAGAAAGUGUUUAAAGCAUCAUACUGACUAAAUGCCAUGCCAGUGCAUUUGCUUACAUCUAUGCAAAGUAUCAUGUGGAGAAAGCUAGUCUUGAGCUUGCAGCACAUCAAGUUAACACUGUUUACUCAAAUCUGAGCCAGCCCAGAUUCUAGGCUGACCCCCUAAUGUUUGAAGCCAGAAAAAACAAAAAUGUUACCUCAAAUGUAGGCUGAGCAGGAAAAAGAAAUGUUACAGUGUGCACGAAACUCGUACAGAAUAUACAGUCAAACACAGAUAUAUUGGGUGCGAGGUCCUCCACUAGA